GCACGUGCUGUAAAAAAAUACAUUCCAAAAUGGAAGUUCUUCCUUCAGAAGUCUAUCAAAAUAUAGACGCGAUUGCACAUGGACAAGAUGGAACGUUGGCUGUCGCUUCAUCGUCAAUGACCGGUAGAAUCUGGAAUGGUUCACUUUGGACCUUCAAAGACGCUUCUACAGCUCCAGAUCCUGAAUACAGCAGUGGUAGAGCUUGUACAGAAGCAGGGAUAAAUGAUGUACAGUGGUUAGACUCGAGUAGGAUGGUCGUUGGUUUAGAUGAUGGAUCGGUCGAAAUCUGGGCGCAAACUGGAAGUCUACCAGGUCUAGAAAAUUUAGCCUCACUAACGGAGCACGACGAUAUUGUAUCUUCUGUUAGUGUGGACUGUGCUAGAAAACGAAUUAUAAGUGGAAGUCGAGACAGAAGCAUAAAAUUGUGGGAUCUUAAUAGCGAACAAUGUAUGAUUACAUACAAAGGUCAUAAAGAAAGUGUUUCAGACAUAGACUGUAGUAGAACUGAACAAGAUUUAUUUCUUUCAGCAUCUGAGGAUGGUAGUGUAAUAUUAUGGGAUACAAGGAAAGCCAAACCUGCAAAGAAGCUUGUUGAUCCUACAAAGUAUGAAAGUAUACCAUACUGUUUAGCGUGGAGUCCAUUGGAUUCAAGCCUCUUUGCGACAGGUUUUGAAGAUGGUAGCGUACAUGUGUAUUCAAUAAAAGAUAUGACCAAGAUUAUAUUUAGUUAUACUCCUCACACACGGGCUGUAAAUAAAGUGGCUUUUUCACCAAGAAGCCCUGAAUGGCUUGCUUCUGUGUCAGAUGACAAAAUCGUGAAUGUACAAAAUGUAAUCCAUAACAGUGCAGUGUUACGGAGUGACAUACACACAGACUUUGUUCGCGGUUUGUCUUGGAGCCCACUGGAUGAUUCCCUCAUGACCAGUGGCUGGGACAAGGCUGUCCUAACCCACAUGUGUGGUCUGAAGUCUUCUUCUGACCUGGUUGUGGAGCUCAGUAAAUCAAGAAACACAUCAGUCGUUUCUGUUGAUAGUGAACCCCCUCUACAACCUGAGGUCAAUGGUGAAGUCCAAAAUGAUGAGGAUGAGCAAGACAACAUGGAUGUUGCUGAAGAAGAAUCUCCUUUUGCCAAUGAUGACAAAACGUGUGGAGGAAAGAUGGAAAGAAUUGUAGUAGAAAGUUAAUAUUGACAGCAGAGUCAUGAUGAAGAUCUAUUAU